AUGCCUACGCGUUCGGCCCCGGAGGACCCAAACAGAAGAACCACCGAGAUACGGCACGCUCUGCCAUACAUAAAGGACGUCUCAGAAGCGACUGAGCGCACCACAGCGAGCCUAGGUGUUGGAAUUGCACACAGAGCCAAGGCUACCAUGCGCAGCAGGGUGAUGAUAAUAAAAGACCGGCUUACGCAGAAUGAACAAUCUGGUGUGCUGUAUCGCAUCCCAUGCCUAAGCUGUCCCCGUACUUACACAGACCAAACUGAACGCAUUCUCGGAUCGCGCAUUCGUAAACACAAGUUGGCCGUGCGACGAGGCGACGAAUGA